UUAACUUUUAUUUAUUUUACAAAAUUCAAAUGUUUAUCCGUCAAUAUUUUUACACUUAUUAUGAAUUACGGCGCCGAUUUCGGAGUUGGAAACGACAACUUUUUUAUCAUCCAAAUCAGACUUAUCAGGAUCUAGCCAACAAGGGAACUUUUGUAAAAUUUUGUACUCAAUUACUUGUUUGGAAUUUGGUUGCUAUUUUUGCAAUUAAACGAUUCUUUAAUAAGGAAUUAACUUCUCUCAACGAAAAAGGAAUUGAAGCGCCAAAAUUUUCCGAACUUUGGAAUGAAAUAAGAGGCCGUUGGAAAGAAAAUGAUGAUACCCGUAAAUAUUACUUUAAAAAUCCACUUCAUUAUAUGACGGAUUCUGCCAUUUCAAAAAGGAAACAUGUGGAUUUAACAAAAGCAAAAUUUCCACUUGACGAUAUUUGA